ACUACUGUUAAUUUUUAUGCAAAACACACUUUGAACCAGCCACUUGCUUUACGAAGAGAAACAAGCGGUAAAAUUGAAGGGCCGGUCUCCACAUUACAACUUGCCAUCUUUAUUUUGAAAAUUGUUUCUUCAAUUUUUUCAAUUAUUUCAAUCAAUUGCACCUAAUAGAGGGUUUACAAGCUGGAGGUGGUGGUGGUGACUGUUAUAAAAAUUGAUCACUGGAUGGAAAAGUGAUGAAGUCCUCAACAAUCUUAUGGUUUCUCAAUAUUGGGACAGCUAAUGGUAAAACAUUUCUAUUGUUAACCCUGGUUCUAACCCGGUUCACUGUUAUUGGUAAGACUACAUUGGAUGCUGGUAAAAUUUCUGGUGCUAAUCAACAUUACCAUCAACAUCAUCAUUACCACCACCAACAUAGCCAUCAUUCCCAUCAUCGUCACCACCACGAGAUCACAAGUUCACCCAAUCAACAUCACCAUGAGAAAAAGCUGACCCACAACCAGGAGAUUGAUCCUGUAAAGCAAAAUUUGGUCAACAGUGAUAAUGAUUUAACCUGUGUUAAGUGCUCCUCUUUUGACCAAGAUUUGUUUAUUAAGUUGAAAUUAGAGGCAAUUAAGAGCCAAAUUUUAUCUAAAUUACAAUUGAAAAGUCAACCCAAUGUAACUUCACAAUUACCCAGAGAACUGGUCUUGGAAGCUCUAAAAGAAUCCGAAUCUAAUCUAUUCCAUCAAGGUGUUAUAUCAUCACCUUCCACAACAGCCAUGCUAUCUCCAAUAAUAAAAUCAUCAAAAUCAUCAACCACCUCAUCUCAUCCAUCAGUACAUUCACGUUCAUCUUUAGCCUCAUCUGUUCCAAGUUCCCAUGGAUAUACCCAGUCACUUUCAAGUCAACCUCAAGCUGGAAAAGGUCUCAAGUCUAAUGAAUAUACUGAAUAUAAUAAUGAUAAUUAUGAAUCACCCGAGACAAGUGAUGAUUAUUAUGGAACUACAUCGGAAAUUAUUACCUUUCCUGAACCAGGGAUGAAAAUCAAUGGACAUACGCUACUUGAAUUAACCCCACCAAGUAAUAACAUCAAUUCACUAGAGGUCACAUCAGCAAGUUUAUGGAUUAAAUUGAGACCAUGGGAUUCAAAUAAAAGUUCAAAACAAUCGUCGGAAAACCAUAGUAUUAAUAUAUUUGUAUUUGCUGUUCGAAACAUAUCAAAAGAUAGGAAAACUGUUGUAAGCAAUAAUGAAACCUUUGCACCACCGUCAUCAUCCAAAUCACCAUCAUCAACAUCAUCCACAUCGAAUAUUUAUUUUGAACAGAUUGUUAAGAAAAAAUUGUCUGUAUCGCCAGGAUGGAAACAGAUUGAGAUUGCAAAUGAGAUACAAAGAUGGUUUUCAUCAGCAUCAACAGCUAAAGAUAAGUUGACUUUAAUGGUUGACUGUUCAGGGUGUGAGGGUAAAGUUAGAUUUGUACUUUUUGAUUCCAACAACUCACCCAACAGUAAAUCAAGCAAAUCAACUAAAUCAAAACAGUCUGGUAGCAACUCAAAUAAAACGAACGGAAAAGAAUGGAAAACACGAAAUAUCUCAACUAAACAGUCACAUUCUUCGUCAUCUUCAUCUUCAACUUCAACUUCGACUUCUACAUGGUCAGGAUCUCAAUUCCGUCCUUUUCUGGUUAUCAAUACUAAACCUAAAACCGUUAAAAGGAUAAAGCGAGAUAAUUUGCCAACCUGUGAUACCGAUUUCAAACACUGCUGUAAACAAUCAUUAUACGUCAAUUUUACCGAAUUAGGUUGGGACAAUUGGGUUAUUGCACCACAAGGAUAUUAUGCUAACUAUUGUUACGGCGAUUGUACCAAACCAUUGAAAACACCCGAUGUAUUUGCUUAUUAUCAUGCCUAUAUAAUCGAUAGAUUCCGUCAGGUUAAUCCAUAUGCUUCCAUAUCACCAUGUUGUGCACCAACUCGUCUCUCAGCCAUGUCAUUUAUUUACAUAGGACCUAGAAGUAACAUAGUUAAAGCUGAUCUACCUAAAAUGAUUGUUGAAGAGUGUGGCUGUGCUUGACAGAUCUUAUCAUUCAUUUUCAUCUUCAUCUUCAUCACCAUGAUCAAUAGAAUCACCAUCACGAUAAACUAUUGUCAUUUACAUAUCAUUAUGUUCAUAACCUGUCAUAACAAGUCUCAUCCUCAACAGUACUUGAUGCUUCUAUUUCCUAUCCAAUUUAACAUCAUCAUCAUCGGAUUUCUUGGUGACUUUAGAAGCUGUUAAAACUGAAUCAGGAAAAGAUUUUUUCUGAGAUGGAUGAAUACAUGAUAGCAUAGACUUCUUUAAUCAAUAAUUAUAAUAAAUUAAAUUUAAAAAGACACUUAGGAUUUGCUAAUUAUAGAUGAAAAUAAUGAUUUCCCAGGAUUGAACCACAAUUAUAUGGAAAGAAAAAUUGAACGAAGACAAUAAUUACAACAAGAUUGACACGAACAUUUUAAAAUCAGACAUCAGAGUUUUACGAUUGAUUAUGACGACGCACAUUUGGUGACAUAAAAAGACAAUAUUACCUGACUAAUUUUCAACAUAAAUGACCACAAGAAAUGACACCUUGCAGCACUUUUCCUUCAUUAUUAAGUGAUAAUCAAACUAUUGUUGAGAGCAGUUUUGUCUCAUCUUUUUUUCAUCAUUCAAUCAACCAAUUUUUGCAAAUAUGCUUGUGAUUGUAUUAAUAGUUCACCCAGUGAACAUAAUUUAGACACUUAUCCUAACUUUCAUUUUUCAUUUUAGGAUCAGAUGAAUUAAUUAUUAAUUAUAAUCAAGGCCAGAGCAUUAAAUGCUCAUUACAUUAUGGACCAAAAUUUGUUAGCUUGUGACUUAAAAAGGUAAUAAUCAAACUGAUGGUUUUACCUGAAAGGCUAAUCACAAUUUGAAUAAGUGGCAAUAUUAAUAAAGCAGUGAUGUGUUUACAAUUUUAAGAUCAAAUUUUGUUUAACUUAUUCACUUUUGUGCAAAGAUCAACAAAAGUUGCGAUAAUAAAGACAAAUUUAUCAAUUU